UUACGGAAACAUAUAUGCAUAAUUUGAGAUUUUAUGGACGCAAUUGUGCUGAAGCCACUGCAAGUACUAAACGUAGUGGAGUCUACGAGAUACUUAUUCCUAGCAACAGUAAACACCCCUUUAAAGUGGCUUGCGAUGUGGACACUCGAGGAUGAGGUUGGACGAUAAUUUUGCGUCGUCUGGAUGGAAGUGAGAACUUUUAUCGAAACUGGAACACUUACAAAAAGGGAUUCGGGAAUUUGGAGGGUGAAUUCUUUUUGGGGCUUGACAAAAUACACGCACUUACAGCAGAUUACAGUCAGGAGUUGCUUGUGAUUCUUGAGGAUAACGAUGGAAUUGAAGUAUUUGAGAAUUAUGACAGAUUUGGAAUCUCAGGCGAGGAUGAACAAUAUGCCUUAAAUACUUUAGGAAAAGCCAAUGGAACUGCUGGAGAUUCACUAACAUAUCAUAAAACCAUGAAAUUCUCCACAUUUGAUCGGAAAAAUGAUAAUUCUAGCUCAAGACACUGCGCCGAAAAAUUCACUGGUGCCUGGUGGUACAAUGACUGUCAUUACAGUAACUUGGCUGGGAAUUAUAAUGAUAACACCAUGGGCAAGGGCGUCAAUUGGGAACAUUUUCGAGGUCCGAGGUACUCGCUGAAAACAGCCAUAAUGCUGAUAAGGCCUAGAAAGUGAAUUAUAAGCUUCUAAUAUUUUUAAAA